AUGAAGAUAAUUACUUUUACCCUUUAUACAUUCACAAUCGCAUAUUUAUUUACGCAUCACACAAUCACAUCAGAAGCUCUGAGCAAAAACGAAAAUGAAACAGUCACAGAAGAUUUCAUAGAGUCCCCUUUAUGCUGCAAUCUCACCACAGAAAGGGUGGAACUCAAUUACACAUCAAAAAUAGUCGAAAAUGAAUAUAUAGUAAUGUUCAACGCUUACUACAAAAGCAACGCACGCGAAAACUACAUUAACACAGCUUUAAACGCAUCAGGAAUAAAAAAAUGGAAGAUCUUGAGCCGAGAAAACCCAGCUAGCGAAUACCCGAGCGAUUUCGACGUAGUUAUCAUAGAAGACAACGACAAAUUGGAAGGUCUGAACGCCUUAAACGACCAUCCCGCUAUCAAGAGAGUCACUGCUCAACGAAUGGUUUCUAGGACGCUGAAAAUCAGUCCUUAUGUGAGAAUCGGGCGGACCAACCUUAACACUAAAUCUCAAUUCCGGCAUACCAACAGGAGGUUAUUGAGGGCCAUUCCUCGGCAGAUAACAUCUGUUUUACAGGCAGACUCUCUUUGGAAUAUGGGUAUUACAGGAAAAGGAGUAAAAGUAGCAAUCUUCGACACGGGACUCUCCAAAAAUCAUCCCCAUUUCAGAAAAAUCAAAGAACGCACCAACUGGACGAACGAGAAAACCUACGACGACGGCCUCGGACAUGGUACCUUCGUUGCUGGGGUUAUAGCGUCCAGCAAAGAGUGCUUGGGCUUCGCUCCCGAUGCUGAACUACAUAUCUUUCGAGUGUUUACCAAUAACCAGGUGUCGUACACCUCCUGGUUCCUAGACGCUUUUAAUUAUGCUAUUUUGAAGAAGAUUAAUGUUUUGAAUUUGAGCAUUGGGGGACCAGACUUUAAGGAUCAUCCAUUUGUAGACAAAGUUUGGGAACUUACAGCCAACAGAGUCAUCAUGGUGUCGGCAAUAGGCAACGACGGGCCAUUGUACGGCACUCUAAACAACCCCGCAGACCAAAUGGACGUCAUCGGCGUGGGCGGUAUCAAUUUCGAAGACCAAAUCGCGAAAUUUUCAUCGAGAGGCAUGACUACGUGGGAGUUACCACACGGAUAUGGUCGAGUAAAACCCGACAUCGUCACUUACGGCUCAGCAGUGAAGGGUUCGCAUAUCAAGGGCGGCUGCCGAACUCUUUCCGGUACCAGUGUAGCCUCGCCGGUUGUAGCGGGAGCGGUAACUUUGCUUGCCAGCGGAGUAUUGCAUCGUGGCGACGUCAUAAAUCCCGCUAGUAUGAAGCAAGCCCUUAUGGCGUCGGCGAGGAGGCUACCGGGAGUGAACAUGUUCGAACAGGGACACGGGAAACUGAAUUUAAUGAAGGCGUAUCAGAUCCUUAAUAGUUAUACGCCACAGGCAAGUCUCAGUCCUAGCUACAUCGAUCUUAGCGAAUGCCCAUACAUGUGGCCUUACUGUACGCAACCCCUCUACCACACCUCGGUGCCCGUCAUAGUCAACGUCACCAUCCUGAACGGCUUGGGCGUGUCCGGAAAAAUCGUCGGAAAACCCCAGUGGCACCCCUACACGCCCCAGCAAGGGCAUUAUCUGGAAGUAGGGAUCACUUACUCGGAGAUACUGUGGCCUUGGUCGGGAUGGUUGGCUGUACAUUUGUCGGUAGCUAAAGAGGCAGCAACGUAUGAGGGGUAUGCGCAAGGGCAUGUGGUGGUUACAGUAGAGUCUCCUCCUGGAAGUGGGGAGUCGGAGACUAGACAGAGUAUGGUGAAGUUACCAAUAAGGGCCAAAAUUAUCCCCGUACCCCCACGAAAUAAACGAGUACUGUGGGAUCAGUACCACAACUUGAGGUAUCCACCGGGAUAUUUUCCCAGGGAUAAUCUCAAGGUUAAAAACGAUCCACUAGAUUGGAAUGGCGAUCACAUUCAUACCAAUUUCAAAGAUAUGUAUCAAAACUUGAGAAACACUGGAUAUUACGUGGAAGUUCUGGGUUCCCCAUUCACAUGUUUCGACGCAUCGCAAUAUGGCACGCUUUUGAUAGUUGACCCGGAGGAAGAAUUUUUUCCCGAAGAGAUCAUGAAACUCAAACGAGAUGUUGACGCCGGUCUUUCUGUUAUCGUUUUCGCCGACUGGUAUAAUGUGACCGUCAUGAAAAAAGUCAAGUUUUAUGACGAGAACACCAGGCAGUGGUGGAUGCCCGAUACAGGUGGUUCCAACGUUCCCGCCAUAAACGAACUACUGGCCUCGUGGGACAUUCAGUUGGGCGACAGGGUGUUUGAAGGAAAAUUCAAACUGAACGAACACGAUGUAUACUACGCUUCUGGAACUAGUAUUAGGACCUUUCCCAAGGAAGGAGUUGUGAUAGCUAGGGAACUAACUGACCAGGGGACUGAUAUCUUGGGUGAACCUGAAAAUACAAAAUACACUGUACCAAUUCUAGGCCUAACUCAGACAAAAUCCACAGACAAGAAAAGUGGUCGAAUAGUCGUGUACGGUGAUUCAAACUGUAUCGACUCAAGUCAUUUGGAUACAUCGUGCUACUGGCUGUUAGACGCAAUGCUGGAAUUCACCGCUACCUCUCAUAUGCCUUCUGUGUUUAAAGAUAAUAAACUAUUGAGUUGGGACAGUGUAACGGAGACUGCGAAUCCACAUCGAAUGGAAGGUAAUCGUCUUUAUAGGUAUUCCAACGUACUAGAAAAAAGCUUAGGCGAAGCUCAAGCUAGACCCAUUCCCCCUUGUCCUCAUUUGAUCUACACUCAGCCAGUACCGCUAAACGUUUCUGCACCUAGCAAUCUUUACCAGUCACAGAAACUGCUGUCGCUAAUAGAAGAAGUGAAUGUUCUACUGCCACUAGAUAAUAAUAUUAAAGACGCAUCGGGCCUGGACAGCAAAGGGGAGUUCAUCGAAUGGAGCUGGCGCAACAAACCGACCACCAUCGCCAACAAGAACGAAAAUUUCGACCUCACCCUCACUCUCCUCGUCUUUCUAUCCCUCAUCGUUAUUUAUUAUAGCGUAAAAUGGUACAAACCGAAGCCAAAGAAACGGAAGAUGUGCAAACGGUUGCUGUCUAUUAUUAAUUGUAGACGAACGUCGACUGUAUGA